AGCAGGCAGAACAGGAUGAAAUGUAUCAAAACAGAAGUCAACACUGUACCUGUUUAAAGGAGCCGUGAACCAGGAGGAAACGUUCACCGACAGUUCAGGAAUUCUACUUAGAAAUGUUUUAGAAAAAAAAAACUAUUAUGGAAACAGCUUAAGACUUAAAGAAGUGUAGUUAAAGAGGUUUAUGAAAUUAAAACACAAGCAGAUGAGCGCAACCUAGAGGAUUAAAGGCAAACAUGUUAAGAAGAUGAGGAAAACAAUACAGGCUAAUUAGAGAAGCGGUCGGAGUGGGAAUUGCUUUCGGUGAACAGCCGGACAAUGGCUUGAGUUUGUUUUUCUUUCUUUUUUGGGCUGCGAAGAAGCUGCAUUCAUGACCGAGGAGACGGAAAAGAAACUUUACCGCGUGUGCGUGGGAUAUUUCAUUCUAUGAAACUAUUGCGUUUUCUUGUCUGUCAGCGGAACCACCUGUUUCUGGACGGAUUUGAUUGAUUCAUCAUGUCCAAAGUGGUACAGAAAAAGAAUCACUGGACCACCAAAGUUAACGAGUGCACGAUCUGUAAGGACGCCCGCGGCGAGCUGAACGUGCAGCUGCUCGGCGGUGCGGAGAACGGUGAGUUCGCCUAUAUCGGACCCGUUAACGGGAAUGCCGUACAGUACAGACAUGGGACAGUGUCCGAGGGGGAAUUACUGCUGGAAGUGGAGACGCUCUCUGUCUCUGGAUUGCCGCUGUAUGAUGUGCUGACAGUGACCAAGAACUGCAAGGGACCUAUUAGGUUGAAAACUGUGAGGCAAGGAAAUAAACUCAAUAAAGACCUGAAACACUACCUGAGCCAAAGGUUUCAGAAAUCCUCUGCUGACUACGAGCUUCAGCAAACCAUACGCGACAACCUCUACCGCCACGCAGUGCCUUGUACGACCCGCCUCCCUCGUGACGGAGAGGUGCCGGGAGUAGAUUAUAAUUUCUUGUCAGUGGACGAGUUUCUGAAGCUUGAACAGAGUGGGACACUGUUGGAGAUCGGAUCUUACGAAGGUAACUAUUAUGGAACACCCAAGUCGCCCAGCCAGCCCCCUAGUGGGAAAGUGAUUACUGGCGAUGCUCUGCAAGACAGCCUUCCUGGUUCCCAGCAGUCGACCCCACGCCGAACCAAGUCCUACAAUGAGAUGCAAAAUGCUGGAAUAGUGCCUACAGAGACUGAGGAUGAUGAUGAGGUUCCUGAAAUGAACAGUAGCUUCACAGGAGACUCGAGUGAACCGGACGACCACCCCUCUGUGCGGCCCUUCGCCCGUGACUACGUUCAACCCUACGGGCUCAACAACACCUCGGCGUCAACCACGGAGAGCUCUCAGAACACACACACACACCCCGGCUAUCCCACGGAAGAGGAACCUCAGGGGCCUCUACCCGAAAACUGGGAGAUGGCCUACACUGAGAGCGGAGAGGUCUACUUUAUAGACCACAACACAAAGACAACAUCCUGGAUAGAUCCCCGAUGCCUGGACAAACCUCAGAAACCCCUGGAGGAAUGUGAAGAUGAUGAAGGGGUACAUACAGAGGAACUGGACAAUGAGCUAGAGCUGCCCACAGGCUGGGAGAAGAUUGAUGAUCCAGUGUACGGGGUGUAUUAUGUUGACCAUGUUAACAGGAAGACGCAGUAUGAAAACCCAAUUCUGGAGGCUAAAAGGAAGAAGCAACUGGAGCAGUCUCAGCCCGCUGAAGAAUGGAUAGAGGAGCAUUCGACAGGAGCACCGCUAGCGAGCUAUGCUGCUAACCACCAAGAGACUUACAGAGAACCCGGCACCGCUCCUCCACUAGCAUCCCAACUGGGGGCUAAACGAGGGAAGCCAUUUUUCACAAGGAACCCUGCAGAACUGAAGGGGACAUUCAUUAACACCAAGCUGAAGAAGAGUAGGCGUGGGUUUGGCUUCACCGUGGUAGGAGGAGACGAACCAGACGAGUUCCUGCAGAUUAAGAGUCUGGUGCUUGAUGGACCAGCCGCUCUGGAUGGAAAGAUGGAAACAGGUGACGUUAUCGUGAGUGUGAACGACACUUGCGUGUUGGGUUACACACAUGCCCAGGUUGUGAAGAUAUUCCAGUCCAUCCCUAUCGGCUCUAUGGUCGACCUUGAACUUUGCCGUGGCUACCCCUUACCCUUUGACCCUGAUGACCCCAACACCAGCCUGGUGACUUCUGUGGCCAUUCUGGACAAGGAGCCCAUCAUCGUCAAUGGAAAAGAAAGCUACGACUCGCCAUCAAGCCACGGGAGUGAAACUACAGGUGGCGGCGGUAGUUUGAAUGGCUCCAGCGACCCACCUCGCCCCCACAGCCCUUCAGCAGAGGUGGCUUCCAAUGGCUCCCACGGUUAUCCCAGCGAUGUGGUCACACUGGCGUCUUCGAUUGCAACCCAGCCCGAGCUCAUUACUGUCCACAUGGAGAAGGGUGACAAAGGAUUUGGCUUCACAAUAGCAGACAGCCCGUCUGGGGGAGGCCAGCGAGUGAAGCAGAUAGUGGAUUACCCACGAUGCAGAGGCCUGAGGGAGGGAGACAUCAUCAUGGAGGUUAACAAGAGGAACGUGCAGAACCUGACGCACAAUCAGGUGGUUGAUCUGCUCAGCAAGUGCCCCAAAGGCAGUGAGGUGACCAUGCUGGUACAAAGAGGGGUGGCACCUGCGAAGAAGAGCCCCAAACUGCAACAGUUGGAGCGCAAGGACAGUCAGGGCAGCUCCCAGCACAGCGUGUCCAGUCAGCGCAGCAUCCACACUGACUCCCCCCUCCACGCCUCCCAGGCCCUGCUCAACGAGUCGGUCGCACCACCUCCCCCCUCCCAGCCCCUGCCAAGCCUGCCCCAGGACCCUCCAGUAGACGGAACUCUCCAGAAGAAACCAGAUCCCUUUAAAAUCUGGGCCCAGUCCAGGAGCAUGUAUGAAAGUAGGCUACCUGAUUACCAGGAGCAGGAUAUUUUCCUGUGGAGAAAAGAUACCGGCUUUGGAUUCAGGAUCCUUGGAGGCAAUGAACCUGGCGAGCCGAUUUAUAUUGGCCACAUUGUGAAAUAUGGAGCUGCCGAUGAAGAUGGGCGUUUGCGAUCAGGAGAUGAGCUUAUUUGUGUGGAUGGAACGGCUGUUGUGGGAAAAUCCCAUCAGCUAGUCGUUCAACUCAUGCAACAAGCUGCAAAACAGGGUCACGUCAACCUGACCGUGAGGCGCAAGACUGGAUAUGGAUUGGCAAAGGUGGAUGGUGAGAUGCCUCCUUCCCCGGCCUCCUCUCACCACAGCAGCACACAGGCCCCAUCUCUGACCGAGGAGAAGCGCACGCCGCAGGGCAGCCAGAACUCCCUCAAUACGGUCAGCUCCGGCUCGGGCUCCACCAGCGGCAUCGGCAGCGGAGGCGGGGGCGGCAGCAACAACACGGUGGUCCCCAAUGCCAUCCAGCCCUACGAUGUGGAGAUCCAACGUGGCGAGAACGAGGGAUUCGGAUUUGUCAUUGUGUCGUCAGUGUCGAGGCCUGAAGCGGGCAGCACUUUCGCUGGAAACGCAUGUGUGGCAAUGCCUCAUAAAAUAGGUCGCAUCAUUGAGGGAAGCCCAGCUGACCGCUGUGGGAAACUAAAAGUCGGAGACCGGAUCCUGGCUGUAAACGGCUGCUCCAUCACCAAUAAGUCCCACUCGGAUAUCGUCAACCUGAUCAAAGAGGCUGGAAACACGGUGACACUGCGGAUCAUUCCAGGAGACGAGUCCUCCAAUGCAUCACUGCUGACCAACGCUGAGAAGAUUGCAACCAUAACUACCACACACGCACCUCAACAGCAAACUGCACCUGAGCCAAGGUACGCACCACACACCAUGCUGGCUGAGGAGAAGUCGAUCUCUGGCCGUUACGCCGAGGAGCGCGACCGCGCCGAGGCCGAGGCCCGUGAGAAAGAGACGCGCGUGUUAGCGCUGGCCCGCGAGCUGGAGACCCUCACUGACCUGAAGGACGAGCUGGACCGGACCAACAAACUGCUGCGCGCCGAGAUGGAGGACCUGGUGUCCUCUAAAGACGACGUGGGCAAGAGCGUAAGACGCUUCCCUGUCGUCAGAGACCGUCAGAUGAUCGGCGGAUCGGAUGCUGAGUUCUACUCUGUUGAUCUGGAGAGGGACAAUAAAGGCUUUGGUUUCAGCCUUAGAGGGGGUCGAGAGUACAACAUGGACCUGUAUGUGCUGAGACUUGCAGAGGAUGGAGCAGCCGUGCGAAAUGGAAAGAUGAGGGUUGGAGAUGAGAUCCUGGAGAUCAAUGGGGAGAGCACCAAGGGCAUGAAGCACGCCCGCGCCAUUGAACUGAUCAAAAACGGUGGCCGAAAAGUCCACCUGGUCCUAAGGAGGGGUGACGGCUCUGUGCCAGAAUAUGACGGCAUCAACGACGGCAACGGCCUCAGCGCCGGUGCACAAACUGUUUCGGAAGUGAACGCAGCUCCUCUCGAAAGUUGGCCCCACCCACCAUCUGAGUCCAGCUAUCCACCAGACCUUCACAAAUCAUCACGAAAUGACGACAGGAGGGCGCGGGAGUCGGGCCAACAGGAGCACGGCCACCGGUCAAACCACCGCCACAUCAACCACAGACACCGCUCCCCUGAAAAGAAGAGCAGGAGCAAAGGGCACAGCAAGGACAGUGGAACCUCAAAGCCUCAUAAGAGGAAGGGCGACAAGAAGAGGUCCAGCAAAGAUGACUCACACCAUCACCACCACCACAGUCACAACCAGAACCACCAUCACCACCGGAGGCACCGCUCCCCAGAGAGGCGCAGAGCUCGGAGCGCUGAGAACACCUUGGACAGUCGAUAUGACCGGAGACACGGCCGCUCACCGGAUAGACGCCACCAUCGCCACUCUUCUCCUCGCAGACACAGUUCACCUCAGCGCUCACCCCACCGAUCCGGUUAUCGCCGCAGCUCUUACCACCGUAGAUCUCCCUACCGUUCCCCGCAAAGAUCCAGAUACCAGUCUCCCUCGAGACGUCCUGCGGCUUCCUCAGAUAAACCCUACAACGGUGACUUCGACAGGGGGCUGGAUAUGACCUUAAAAGAGCCUCCUGCUCCGAAGCCUCCAUCCCGAUCCGAGAGCAUUCCACAUUUGGCAGCGUCCCUGGACCGGCUCGAUCUGGAAGACACCCUACCAAGAGAGCCGCCCAGCUACCUUGACAACCUUUCCCCUAUGGAGCGAGCCUAUCGCAACUCGACCCUUUUCCGCGGGGCUUCUCGAGACGGCACCUUUCCCCGCGUUCGGACACCCGACUCGGAUUCAGCCUUCCAGAACUACAACUCGUUGUUGAGGGGCCGCUCCCCUGUGAGAAGUGGGGGCAGACAGGACGGAUACCGUAGAGUCGAGUCUCCGGUUUCAAACUCGUACCGGACCAGGAGUCUAGGUCGAGACCUGUCUCCCAUCAGAGGGUACCGCGAUGAGGAGGAAGAGGAGGUCGAAUCCCAGCUGAGUGAUUAUUAUAGCACGCUCAGAUCCAGUUACAGUAGAGCUAACAACAGUGUACCUGAGCCAAGGAGGAAGGCCUACAAAGAGAGCCCUAAAGACCUCAGCAUUUGAUGGGUCGGCUAUGAAGGGCACCAUUCCCAGAACCCACUGUCCACACGAGCCUUCAUCCAAGGACUGCGCAGACCCUGGAUACUAAAUUAUUGAUUUGAAAUCUGGUGUUUUCUCAUGGUUGAACAUCUUUACAACUCUCAACAGCAGAAGAGUGAUUUUGUUUCUUUCCAUCAAAGCGUCAUUUUGGUUUCUUUUAUGACCCUUUUUAUAAAUCUGCUAGCAGUUCUACA